AUGGUUAUCAAGGCGUUGUCGGACGAAUUCAAUAUACCCCUUUGUGUUUUUAUCGGGCAUGCAAACUUGGAUUGGAAAAGUUGUCAGGACCUCAGUCUCAACCAAGCAUCAAAUCAAUGCCGCGGUUGCAGCGAGUUUGAUCAAUCGAUCGACGCAAGAUUGUAUCCCACUCUAUACUUCAUUUUUACAAAUCAAGGCUAG